AUGUCGGAAUACUGGAAGUCAACGCCUAGAUACUGGUGCAAGCACUGCAGCGUGUAUGUGCGCGACACCGGGCUCGAACGCGCCAACCACGAAUCCACCGCGAAACAUCAAGGCGCAAUCAAGCGUUCCCUCCGAGACCUGCACCGCAACGCCGACCAAAAAGAGCGCGACAAGGAGAGGGCAAAGAGAGAAGUCGACCGGCUAAAUGGCGUCGUGUCGGGGAGCAGUGUCGGUGCGUCGGCCGCGUCAAAGUCGGCGACAAAACCCAGUGGCGGGGCUUACGGGGCACCACCGCAACAAGCGUCACAAACAGAGCGGCAGAAACAGCUCGAGCAGCUGGCCGAGCUUGGUGUCAGUAUCCCGACCGAGCUUAGGGGCGACAUGGCAAUGGUGGGCGAGUGGACGGUCACUUCGACAAAGAUCAUCGAAGACGGGGGCCGGGACGCAGACGGCAAGGGUCUGGAUUCGAAGACAAUGCCCGCCGAGGAGGAUGCCGAGCUUGAUGCCUUGCUCAGCGGGCCGCUCGUCAAGACGAAGAAAGAAGAGGGCGCGUCUCCCAAGAUCAAGAUGGAGCUUGAAGACAGCCAGGAGGAACAACCGGAGGAUACUACAGCGACAGCCAAACCAGUACUUUCCCCGCCGGUCAAGGACGAACCGGGCGAGGAAAACACGGGCGCUGGUCGUGGACCAGAGCUGUCUUCCGGCGUAGAGGGGUCAGAUGGGGCGACUGCCAUGGCGAACAACCCCAAUCCCAUCAAGCCAGGACUUGUUCCGUCCCUCCCCGGCUAUGUCAGGCAGAGAAACGAGGAAUAUGAGGCCUUGCGCCGGGGUCGGGUCGACCGCGCAAAUCGCUGGCCUGCGUCGCCAGCGCCGAUUGAUCCCGCUGCCAUCCACGCGGCCCCCCCUGGUUUUCGCAUGCUCACUAGCCUGCCCCCGGAGCUGCUCGUCAUGAUUUGCCGUCUCCUGUACCAAGCCGAUCUCUUGCACCUCGCCCUCACAUGCCGCGCCCUCGUUAGCACGAUGGUGGACAUGCUCUACAAACGCGACAUCUCGGAAUUUGACUGCCUCGCUCUUCGUUGGGCCUGCACCCUCGGCAUGGUCUCGACAUUCGAACGCACUCUCAGUUACGGCGCGCCGCCUGAUUAUGUCUUUCGCCCCAAUUCCGGUCUGGGAUGCUCAUGGGCCCGUUCUUGUCCAGACCCUUCUUCCAUCCCCGACCCUUCCAUCCCCAGCCUUUCCAUCACCGGCCCUUUCCUCCCCGGCCCUUUCCUCCCCGGUCAUGUUCUUGUUUCCGAUACUCCGCUCCGGGUCGCUAUUUUCGCCAAGCAAUUGAAUAUUGUUCGACUGCUGCUCGAACAUGGCGUCAACCCCAACGCUCCAGGCCCCGACGUGGCGGCGUUUGCCCGCCUUGAGCGCAACACCGAAAUACUCCGCCAACUUCUCGAUGCCGGCGCCGACCCCAAUCAGUGCACCGAAGUCCGCCAGUACCGUGACCCGGAUCCUUCCCCACGGCCGGGCUUCCCGCCGCUCCUGGCGGCCAUGCUGCCCGGGACCCCGGCCGAGACCGUGAAGCUGCUGUUAGAGCACGGUGCCGACCCAACAAAGAUUGGCAUUUAUCGCGGGUCCUUCUUUCCCCGCUCCGCCAGCGAGCUGUCCUAUAUCACCAAGCCGUUACAGCAGAGCUACCCUAUGCCCCUGCUGGCCCGUCAUUGGGAUCAUCCCCGCAUUAUCGACCUUCUCGAGCUGUUCAUCGCCCACGGGGCGGACGUCGCGGGCUGGGCUGAGCGGUUGAUUCCUCCCAUCCUCUCCGUUAUCUGGUGGGCAGAAAAUCCCAACCCUCGCCGUCCUGUCAAUGACGCACCACACAGACCAUGGACGGCUGCCGAAAAGGUGUGCAAGGUGAUCGCGGUUUUGGCCGAGGCCACCCUCGUCCGGAACCACACCGGACCGACCCGAAAGUCCACCAUAAUCGAUGCCGUCGUUGCGGUUUCCUUGGGAUUCAUGGGGAUACCUCCCACCAAGACGGGCCAGACACCACUGCGUUACAUGUGCAAAUUAUUCGAUUCUGAGACUAAACUGCCGAUUAUCCGCGUCCUCCUAAACUACGGCGCCGACAUGAACAGCACUGACGCCCACGGCCGUACUGCGCUCCACCACGCGUCCGUAUUCAGUUCUGGCGGGCGGGUGCGGGAGCUUGUGCAAUUUCUCGGUGGCCCGACCGAUUCGGGCCUUGUUGUCAACGUAGCCGACGCUAGAGGUUGGACACCCCUCCAUUACGCUUGUCUCUUCGGUUUCUGGGCCGACUCGGAGGGCCAGGCCGCCACCGCCCGAUUGCUGCUGGAGAACGGCGCAGAUGUUAGUAUUAGGACCAACAACGGGUGGACACCGCUGUCUCUCGCCGCCCUCACGGCAAACCAGCACCUAGUCGAUCUGCUGCUCGAUUAUGGCGCCAGGGCUGAGGAUUUGUUUGUCCCACGCGAGGGCGAAACCGAGUCGGCCUUGGUUCCAAUCGGUCGUAUCGUCUUCCGUGACCGUCCUGUCUGUCGUCGGUCGCCUCCUUGGCCCGAGUUUCUGAAGAUCAAGGCCGAGAUCGCGGCUUGUAAGGCGCGUGUCGCGACGCAGCUUGGACACCGACUGGGCGUUGACAUUGUUCUCCCGUCGGUACAGAAAAACCCCGUGCUGCCUCCCGACCACAACUUCCGAAGCCCCGCUGCCACGCCCACCACCCCCGGGUUCCGAGUCGACUCGAUGGACCACCCCCUGGGCAUCGCUUCGGUUCCCCCCGAGGACUACACAUCUGGUGACUUUGAGAAGGAUAUCGACCGGGUUCUCGGCAUGCUCGACUCUGCGGGCCUCGAGGCCUUAGUUACGGCACCUCCUCGGCAGCAGUAUAUGCAAAUAUUUUGGAGCUCGACUCCAGGUCCCGAGGGCGUCGCUUCCACAUCAUAG